AGUGACAAUGCUCACGACAAAAAUAUCAGUGACCACCGUAAGUUCAGCAAAAAAACAGAGUUUUCCUUCUUUGUCUUUCUCAUCCUCCCCAAUUAAAUGGUAAGAGAUCCCCCUACCCCCACCUCGUGCCUCUCGUUUGUAGUCAGUCACAGUGGCAUACAAUUCAUGAAUUCGAGAUUACGUAAGCGAUUACGUAAUCAAAGUACAAUUCAGAUAAGCCGUUUAAUUUCGGUUCAGUCAUUUUAGAUGUGGACUUGGAUACGUCGUUUACAUAAGCGAACAACAUCAACCUCACGUCUUGGUGUCAUAAAGGCCCAAGCUUUAUUCUUUGAUUGAGCUCUUCUGUCGCUUGCUUCUACAAUGGCGGUUUCAAUUGGGAGCGUUCCAUGGUGUGACGUUGAACUGAAUUUGGCUUCUUCUUGCUUCCAACGAACAGCUAUAGAUAUCUUAAAUCUCUUGUUUCUCUCCAUCUUCUACUUGCUCUUGAUAGCUGGUUGUGUUUCCAACCAUUUUGUAGUCAGGCGCCGCAAGAAAGGAUGGGUCUUUGUGGUUGCUACUAUAUGCUGUGUUAUUACUAGCAUCGUUUUUCUUGGUUUUGGGUUAAACAGUCUGAUUCAUGGUGCUGUUGACGUCAAUGAAAUCUCAUGGGUUGCUUGCUUCGUUGAAGGGAUCAUUUGGGUCUCACUUGCGGUUUCGAUGCUUGUUAAUGGCUCCAAGUGGACUAGGAUUCUUGAAUCUGUUUGGUGGGUGUCUUUUGCUUUGUUGGAUUUAGCAGCAAAGAGUGAGAUGCUUUUGCAGGGAAAUGGUUUCCAAAUAUUCGAUGUCAUUACCUCGCCCAUGAGUCUUUUGCUUCUCUUUUGCUCCUGGAUGAAUUUGAGAUCCUCUUCUGCAGCAGCUCAAGACUGCAGUGAAACAGGACUAUCUGAUCCUCUAUUAACUGAAAAUCCUAGAAAAGAACCGGCAAGGUUAGCAACAGCUGGAUUUUUCAGUAUGUUGUCGUUCUCUUGGAUGAAUCCUUUACUCUCGCUGGGAUUCAAGAAACCAUUAUCCCGAGAAGAUAUCCCAACUGUAGUCCCUGAGGAUGAGGCUCAAUUAGCUUACAAUAAAUUUUCUCAAGCAUGGGAUACGCUUCUUGCAGAUGGAAGCUACUCUAAGGAAAGAAACUUGGUGUUUAGAGCCGUUGUAAAAGUUUACUUCAAGGAGAACAUAUUCAUAACAGUUUGUGCAUUUUUCAGAACAGUUGCGGUUGUAUCUCUUCCAUUAAUGCUAUAUGUCUUUGUGGAUUAUGCAAACAGUGACCACAGGGAUCUCCGCAAUGGUUUCUUCAACUUAGCUUGUCUAGUUAUGCUGAAGCUAGUUGAAUCUUUGUCAAUGAGACAUUGGUAUUUUGCAUCAAGAAGAUCAGGAAUGAGGAUUAGAUCAGCGCUAAUGGUGGCUGCAUACAAAAAGCAGCUAAAGCUAUCAAGUUUGGGGAGGAAAAGGCAUUCUUCUGGGGAGAUUGUGAAUUAUAUCGCCGUGGAUGCAUAUCGUAUGGGAGAAUUCUUAUGGUGGUUCCACUCGGGAUGGAGCCUUACACUGCAGCUUUUGCUUUCUACAGCUGUACUUUUUGGAGUGGUUGGAGCAGGAGCUUUUCCUGGUUUAAUUCUUCUUCUCCUGUGUGGUCUCCUUAAUCUGCCAUUCGCAAAGAUGCUACAGAACUGCCAGACCCAGUUCAUGAUAGCACAAGAUAAACGAUUGAGGUCCACCUCAGAGAUUUUGAACAGCAUGAAAGUUAUUAAGCUGCAGUCAUGGGAAGAGGAGUUCAAGAAAAAGAUAGAAUCAUGUCGUGAUGAUGAAUUCAUAUGGUUGGCAAAGGCUCAGCUGACAAAGGCUUUUGGUACUUUCCUCUAUUGGAUGUCUCCAACAAUAGUUUCUUCUGUUGUUUUCGUGGGAUGUGCUCUAUUCAAGAGCGCGCCGCUGAACGCAAGCACCAUUUUCACGGUUUUAGCUACCCUAAGAGUUAUGUCAGAGCCUGUUAGAACUAUACCUGAGGCAAUUUCUGCUAUCAUCCAAGUCAAUGUCUCUUUCAACAGAUUAAAUAACUUCUUGCUUGAUGACGAGCUAAAGAUUGAUGAAAUUGAAAGAAGUGGUCUAGAGAAAUCUGGAACAACAGUGGACAUACAAGCAGGCAACUUCAGUUGGGAUCCAGAAACUAAGAUUCCAACUCUUCAAAAUAUACAUUUGGAAAUUAAGCAUGGGCAAAAAGUUGCGGUUUGUGGACCAGUUGGGGCAGGAAAAUCAUCGCUGUUGCAUGCAGUACUUGGAGAAAUACCUAGAGUUUCUGGAACUGUAAAAGUCUUUGGGUCCAUCGCUUAUGUUUCUCAGACCUCGUGGAUUCAAAGUGGUACCAUCCGGGACAAUAUUCUCUAUGGGAAGUCCAUGGAAGCAGGAAGAUACAAUGCUGCUAUAAAAGCUUGUGCGUUGGAUAAAGAUAUGAGCGGUUUUGGACAUGGUGACCUCACAGAAAUAGGACAAAGAGGGAUUAACUUGAGCGGAGGACAAAAGCAAAGGAUUCAGCUGGCACGUGCUGUCUAUGCAGACGCCGAUGUUUACCUCCUUGAUGAUCCUUUUAGUGCUGUGGAUGCUCAUACAGCUGGAGUUCUUUUUCAUAAAUGUGUUGAGGAUGCGCUAAAGGGAAAAACUGUCAUUCUAGUCACUCACCAAGUCGAGUUUCUCUCAGACGUUGAUCAAAUUCUGGUUAUGGAGGAAGGAAGAAUUACUCAGUUAGGAAAGUAUGAGGAGCUCUUAAUGUUGGGGACUGCAUUCCAACAGCUGGUGAAUGCUCAUAAUGAUGCAGUAACUGUAUUACCUUUAGCGAGUAAUGAAAGCCUCGGAGAUCUUAGGAAAGGGGGUCGAGACAAAGAGAUAAGAAACAUGACGGUUGUAGAAAAAAUCGAAGAAGAGAUCAACACAACGGAUGUUCCAGGGGUACAACUUACACAAGAAGAAGAAAAAGAGAGCGGUGAUGUUGGGUUGAAACCUUUCUUGGACUAUAUCCGUGUGUCUCGAGGAUGGUGUCUUCUAUGGUCAAGUGUGUUGGGUCAGGUUGGCUUUGUAGUUUUCCAGGCUGCAUCAACAUACUGGCUGGCUUUUGCCAUAGGGAUCCCUAAACUCACUAAUACAAUGCUUAUAGGAGUCUAUAGCAUUAUCUCAACUCUUAGUGCUGGUUUCGUAUACACGAGAGCUGUUACGAUUGCUCAUCUUGGACUAAAAGCUUCUAAAGCCUUCUUUUCUGGUUUCACAAAUGCAGUCUUUAAAGCCCCGAUGCUUUUCUUUGAUUCUACUCCCAUUGGGCGCAUUCUUACUCGAGCUUCGUCUGAUUUGAACGUCUUGGACUUUGACAUCCCAUUUGCAUUCAUAUUUGUGGUAGCACCGGUUGUUGAGCUCGCUGCAGCUCUUAUCAUCAUGACAUAUGUGACAUGGCAAGUAAUUAUCAUAGCUCUUCUUGCUUUGGCAGCCACAAAAGUUGUUCAGGAUUACUAUCUAGCCUCUGCGAGGGAGCUGAUUAGAAUCAAUGGAACAACCAAAGCUCCAGUGAUGAAUUAUGCUGCAGAAACCUCACUUGGAGUGGUGACAAUACGAGCUUUUGGAACGGUAGAGAGAUUCUUCAAAAACUACUUACAACUAGUUGAUGCAGAUGCCGUGCUAUUCUUUCUGUCCAAUGCAGCCAUGGAGUGGGUGAUUCUGAGGAUAGAGACUUUGCAGAAUGUGACCUUGUUCACUUGUGCACUUCUGCUUAUCCUUAUCCCCAAGGGUUACAUAUCUCCAGGCCUCGUUGGGCUUUCACUCUCCUAUGCAUUAACACUGACACUAACUCAGGUGUUUCUGACCCGAUGGUAUUGCACCUUAUCGAAUUCAAUCAUAUCAGUAGAGAGGAUAAAACAAUAUAUGAAUAUACCAGAAGAAGCUCCUGCAAUUGUGGAGGAUAGAAGACCACCUUCCUCAUGGCCUUCCAGUGGUACAAUUCACUUGCAGGAGCUUAAGAUAAGAUAUCGUCCCAAUGCUCCGUUAGUUCUCAAAGGAAUCUCUUGCACAUUCAGGGAAGGGACAAGAGUAGGAGUUGUUGGGAGAACGGGAAGUGGAAAAAGCACUUUAAUCGGUGCUUUGUUUCGUUUGGUAGAACCAGCAAGUGGUUGCAUAUUGAUUGAUGGCAUUGACAUAAGUAAGAUUGGCUUAAAGGACCUGAGAAUGAAACUGAGCAUCAUUCCUCAAGAACCAACUCUUUUCCGUGGCUGCAUAAGGACCAACCUUGAUCCUUUAGGUGUUUACUCCGACGAUGAGAUAUGGAAGGCUCUUGAGAAGUGUCAGCUCAAGACGACGAUUAGCAACCUGCCUAGCAAACUUGAUUCUUCAGUGAGUGAUGAAGGAGAGAACUGGAGCGUGGGACAGAGACAAUUGUUUUGUCUCGGUAGAGUACUGUUAAAGAGAAACAAAAUACUAGUGUUAGAUGAAGCUACAGCUUCCAUUGAUUCAGCCACUGAUGCAAUCAUUCAGAGAAUCAUAAGAGAGGAGUUUGGAGAUUGCACGGUCAUAACAGUAGCACAUAGAGUACCAACUGUCAUAGACAGUGACAUGGUCAUGGUUCUCUCCUUUGGUAAUCUAGUGGAGUACAACGAGCCUUCAAGGCUAAUGGAGACUGAUUCUUACUUCUCCAAGCUUGUUGCUGAGUAUUGGGCUAGUUGCAGAGGAAACUCUUCUCAAAAUCUCCAAUUAUAGACCUCGUCAUCAAUGCUUGGUAUAUCUGCUACUGAAACGUCAGAGACUUGAACCAUCUUCCAUUGUUGUAGUUUUGAACCCCAAAAAAAAUGAUUCGUUAUCAAAGCAUGGAUAAUGAUAGUGCAGUAGCUCGGAAUAUGCCAGAAGAAGAUGGACGUUUAUUGUCGCGUCUCACAUACCGUCUAUGUGCAUAGUAUCAUAUGUUUAUUCCUGUUUGUAUACCUUUUGUGAUAGACCGAUGAAAGAGUUAAAUUUUAUUCUCAUGUGCGAAGUUAGAUUCCAUUUUCAUUUGAGGAUCCAUUGGAAACCCAUGAAAAGUUCUCCUGCCA